UUCACUGUCAAAGUUGUAUUUAUAUCAAGCGUUUCCCACCUGGGAUCAAUAAAGUGUGCUCUUAUCUUGUCGUCAUUUUGAACUGUCAUGGUUUAUUUUAUCGUUGUUAUUCCUGGUGAGAACUGUUUUUGUGAUUUAAAUAAAAGAACUUGUUGUGCUGGCCAUUGUUUAUGAUCAUGACAUAAACCUAGUAAUAAACUGUUCUUUCUGUGAGCAACAGACUCAAUAACAGAGUGCUUUGAACAGUCAAAGCCUUUAAUCACUAGCAGACACUUCAGUUACCCCUGAUUUAGCAAUCGAUGUGAGAGAAAUCUUUUCACUCAAACCAAGUCAGCACCAACAAUAUCAGGGCCUCAUAGAUUCACGGCAGUCACCUAUGUUCUGCUUACGUCCUCGCGUUCACUCUAGUCAUUGUUCCAGAAGUCUCCUCACUAGCUUGUCUAAACCUUUGCCUUCACUGCCUUGCUUACCCGCAGGUGCCCUGCAGCCUGGAGUACUGGGAUGAGCUCCAGGAGGCCUUCAUCCCUUACCGGGAGUUCAGCUUAUCAGAGAGUAGCUCCUGUCAGUUGCAGCUGCCUAGCCUCAGCCUUCGACACCAGCAGAAGGAGCUGGUGGCCUCGGACCUCUGGAGGAUCGUGCUCAGCAACACUGGAGACCCUGGAGGAGACGAGCACAGUUCAGACAGUGAGUCUGGCUCCCAGCUGCCCUGUGACCAGCUGGUGUCUCCCAAGGCGCUGGCAGCCUGCACCCGUGUGGACUCGUGCUUCGCCCCCUGGUUCGUCCACUCCCUGGGAGUCUCCAUGGAACUGGCCCACAUGGAGGUGCACCUCUGCCACCACCUGGAGCAGCUGGGCACAGCUCCAUGCCGGCGCCUGCGGCCCUUCCUGCCGGACAGGAAGUUGCCCCAGGAGCAGGAGUUCAUGGUGGUGGGUGCCAGCGAGCCCCGGCUCUACCUGCGGCAGUGGAACAGCGGUGCCCGCCUCAGCCAGGAGUUCAGCUUCUCCACCCGCCUGGACUGCCGACUGCUCGAGUACCGCAACCUGACCUACCUCCAGAUCCUGCAGCCCUUCUCACUCCAGGGCCAGGCCUCGGUCACCCGUUCCCCCCAGAGCAGCGUCCUGGACGGCAGCAUGUUUGUGGAGCCCGUGUUGCUCACUGUCAGCCAGUACGGCAUCCACACCCUGGACACCGCCCUGCAGAGCUGGCAACAGAAUGGCCGGGUGGAGGCGGAGGAGCUGCUCUACAGCCACUACGUGAUCUGCAACGACACACACGAGACGCUGCGCUUCGGCCAGGUGGACACGGACGAGAACGUGCUGCUGGCCAGCCUGCACAGCCACCAGUACAGCUGGCGCUCCCACAAGUCCGCGCAGCUGCUGCACAUCUGCAUCGAGGGCUGGGGGAACUGGCGCUGGUCGGAGCCCUUCAGCGUGGACAACGCCGGCACCCUGCUCAGAACCAUCCAGUACAAAGGCCGCACGGCCUCGCUCGUCAUCAAGGUGACGCAGCUCAACGGAGUCCAGAAGCAGAUCACCAUCUGCGGGCGCCAGCUGAUGUGCAGCUACCUGUCCCAGGACAUCGAGCUGCGGGUGGUGCAGCACUAUGUGGGCGCCGACGGCCAGACGGUGGUGCGGGAGCACUGCGACUGCCUGGAGGCGCGGGCCAUGCUGCCCUCCUACGUGCUGGAGGACGCCGAGAUGACGGAGCUGUGCGUCCGGGCCCGCGGCGACGACGACUGGUCCCAGGACCUGAGGCUGGACCGGGGGGAGGGCGAGCGAGCCGGGGCUGGGGGAGGCGGUGCUGGCAGUAGCUCUGUGGUGCAGGUGCCGUGCUCCAGUGGGUCUCUGCUCUACGUGUGGUGUACCCUCAUCACCAUCGAACCCCAUUCCCCUCUGCAACAGAGAGUCGUGGUGUUCAGCCCCUUGUUCGUGAUGCGGAGCCACCUGCCGGACCCCGUCAUCAUCCACAUGGAGAAGAGGAGCCUGGGGCUGAAGGAGAGCCAGGUGAUCCAGGGCCAGGGCCACCAGGAGCCGCUGCUGAACACAGAGGCCGACCUCACGCACCACCUCACCUUCCAGGCCAGGGAAGAGGAGGACGCCUCCCACUACGCCGUGCCCAUCUCCACCGGCCUCAUCAAGCAGAUCGUCAACAAGGCGGGCGGGACGGAGAAGCCCCAGAGGGUGCUGGAGGACUUCUACGGCGCCACGUCCACCGCAGAGACGCCCUGGCCCUACAUCUCUAAGGACACGGAAAGGAGCGUCCUGGAGCCCGUGGCCCAGUGGGACAGCCCCAUGCAGGUCAAGCUGUCCUGCUGGAAGGGGGGCCUCAACACCCUGCUGGUGGAGCUGCUGCCCUGGGCCCUGCUGGCCAACCACUCCCGCUGGGACCUGUGGCUGUUUGAGGGGGAGACCAUCGUGCUGCAGAUCCCCGCGGGCAAGGUCAUCGUGCCGCCAAACUUCCAGCAGGCCUUCCAGGUGGGGAUCUACUGGGCCCACACCAACACGGUCCACAAGUCCAGGGCGCUGAAGCUGGUCCACGAGCAGACCUCCCCGCGCUGGAAGGAGGACAGCGGCAGCGAGAUGUUGACCCUGGAUGAAGAGGGCUGCGUGGAGGCGGACAUCCCCCUGGGAGCCCUGCCCGGAGGCCAGAAGGUGUGUCAGUUCUGCGUGUCGUCGGUGGUGAGGCAGGGCAUCCAGGUGCUGCAGGUGGAGGACCGCACCAUCCUGCUCAACAACACCUCCCACACCAUCCACUACAGACCCCUGCUGGCCCACCGGGCCCUGGCUGCCACAGACCAGGCUCUGGAUCUCCCUGACUCUGCCGGGUUCACCCUCCCCCCCACGGUGGGGGGCGGCCCGGCCACGCCCUGCUCGGUGCCCUGCUGGGACCAGCUCCUCAACGGCCCUCAAGGGGAGGUGGUCUCCCCUCUGCCCCUCAAACACAUUCUCUUCAGCCUGGAUCCCAGGGCCCUCAGCGCCGGGGCCGGGGCCCCGUGGAGCCUCCCGGCCCUGAUCCGAGCAGACUUUCCCAGGAAGAGCGUCUCCGUUCCGGGAGAGACCUUCGCCGGAGGAGGGGGACUGAUCAGCAGGGCUUUGGUGCUGACGUACCAGGAGCACCUCGGGGUGACGUACCUCAGCCUGAACGAGGACCCGUGCCCGCCCAUGCUCAUCCACAACAAGUGUCCGAUCCCCCUGCUUCUGAAGGAGAACCUCAAGGACGCGUCCCGGGCAGAGGUCUUCUGCCGCCCCAUCCCUGCCAGCGGCUCCCUGCACCACGAGCUCUACCAGCAGUACUCCAGCUUCCCCGACUGCCGGCAGAGAGAGGCUCUGCCUGCCCUGCUGCUGAAGACCACCCCAGAGCACGGCGCCACCACCUGGACCGACCCCGUCGACAUCAACUGCCCCGGCACACAGGUGGUGUUCCUGCCUGGGUUCGGCUGCCUUUACAUAGACGUGGUGUACGAGAAGGGCUCCAUAGAGCUCACCCUGGCCCCCGAGGGCAGCGCCGACUGCCUGCUCAGCCACCACACCAGGGCGGGCGACCUGCAGCUGUCCUUCCACGUCCUGGUCAGCGAGGCCAGCGUGGCGCUCAGCGACGACAUCACCAGCCCCUCUGGCUCCGUGGAGCUGCUGCGGCUCACCCUGACCAAGCUGCUGGUCGAGCUGUCGCCCCCGCCCCCUCAGGGCCAGGACCAGCAGGCCUCGCCCGGGUCGGACUCCCGGGCCCUGGCCCCCGACGGCGUGCUGCUGGUGGGGCUCCACUGCGCCGGGCUGCAGGUGGACAACCAGCUGUACAACCGGGCCAGCUUCCACUUCCCCGUGCUGCUGUGCCAGGAGCAGAGGUCGGAGGCGGAGGCCGGGGGUCCCUGGAGCGCGGAGGCCAACCCCGCCACCGCCGCCCCCGAGGCCCUGGAGGAGUUCAAGCGCUCCUGCUUCCUGGAGCUGGGGGCGCUGCUGGCGGCCGACUGCUGCACCCUGGAGCAGGUCUCCUUCCAGCUGCAGCCCGCCAGGGUCUAUCUGGAGGACACCUUUGUGUACUACAUCAAGACGCUGUUCCACAGCUACAUCCCCGACAGCGCUGUGGCCCCCAGCUCCGCAGGCCCCCAGAGGACAUCCACCAGCACUGAGGCUGCACCGCUCGUCCCAGAACAGGUGGUCCACUCGCUGCAGGCCCUGGUGCGGCCCGUGCGGCUGCGCCGACUCGUCAUCCGGCCCAUCAACCUGCUGGUCAGCGUGCACGCCUCCCUCAAGCUGUACAUCGCGUCGGACCACACGCCGCUCUCCUUCUCGGUGUUUGAGCGCGGGCCCGUGUGCACCACGGCCCGCCAGCUGGUGCACGCCCUGGCCAUGCACUACGCCGCUGGGGCUCUCUUCCGGGCCGGCUGGGUGGUGGGUUCCCUAGACAUCCUGGGCAGUCCUGCCAGUCUGGUGCGCAGCAUCGGGAACGGCGUGUCGGACUUCUUCCGGCUGCCCUAUGAGGGCCUGACCCGGGGCCCCGGGGCCUUCGUCAGCGGGGUCCACAGAGGGACCACUUCCUUCGUCAAACACAUCUCCAAAGGCACCCUGACCUCCAUCACCAACCUGGCCACCAGUCUCUCCCGCAACAUGGACCGGCUGUCCCUGGACGAGGAGCACUUCACCCGGCAGGAGGAGUGGAGGAGGCAGCUCCCCGAGAGCCUGGGGGACGGCCUCCGCCAGGGCCUCUCGCGCCUCGGCAUCAGCCUGUUAGGGGCGAUUGCGGGCAUCGUGGACCAGCCCAUGCAGAACUUCCAAAGGUCCUGGGACCUGCCCAGCUCGGCCGGCAGCACGGCCAGAGGGGUGAUCUCCGGUGUGGGGAAGGGCAUCGUGGGAGUCUUCACCAAGCCCAUCGGAGGAGCUGCUGAGCUCGUCUCUCAGACCGGAUACGGGAUCCUGCAUGGAGCCGGGCUGUGGCAGCUCCCUAAGCAGCUGUACCUGCCUGCUGACGACAACUCCACCCUGGCCCCCAACAGCCACCUCAAAUACGUGUGGAAGCUGCUGCAGUCCCUGGGCCGUCCCGAGGUCCACAUGGCUCUGGCGGUGACCCUCGUCAGCGGGUCGGGCCAGCAGCACGCCGGCUGCCUUCUGCUGACCUCCGACGUGCUGUUUGUGGUCAGCCUCAGCGAGGACACCCAGCAGCAGGCCUUCCCCAUCACCGAGGUGGAGUGCAGACAGGAGCUGGGAGAGCCCGGCCAGCUGAUCCUCAGCUUACAGCAGCAGACCGUGAGCAGCGACACUGAGGGCGACGGCGUGCGCGAGCGUCUCUCGGAGCAGCAGUACCAGCGGCUGGUCGACUACGUCACGCGCGCCUCCAACUACCUGUCUCCGUCGGGGGUCUCGCUCCAGCUGCAGCCCCCCGUGACCCUGGCGCAGCCGCCGCCCUCGCCCACCAAGUCCUACCGCUACCUGGUGGAGCCCGCCUCCGCCGCCGUGUUCACCAGCAAGUUCACCGCCGUCAAGAACAAGGCCCUGCGUGUGGGCUUCCAUUGACCCGCUCCGUUCUGUGAAGGGAGAGGGGGGAAAAAGAAUCACCGUUAUUUGUGUAAAAGGGAAAAAUAAUUUUAUGAAACCACGUAACUACCCGGUUUAUGCACUAGUGUGUCGGAGAAGAGUUGUUGUUCUACAGUCUGUUUUUACGAUUAGACGCAUAUUUUCACAUGUUUGCCUUUUCAGUGAGAUAUUUUCUACUGUAUGUGCCCUGUGUGUGUUUACGUUGUCCUUGCACCGGCCGCUUGUCUCGUGCCUUUCCAAGUGCAAUAUUCUACAGAAGUGCAGAGCCGUUCGAGAAAGAUGCGUUGCCAUCCGUUAACCAAAAUGUCUAAAACAUCACAUUUACGCCAACCCCCUUAAUGAUGCAAAAAAGAAAAUAUAUAUACCUGUUGUGAGUACUAAGGCCACAUGCUAAAUGCAAGGUAUUGCAUACUUUUUAUAAACACUAUUGCCGAUUAUGUAUGUAGAUCGAUUAUAAUAUAUUGUAUUAACACUGUAAUAAAAUCAGUAACAAAUGCACAUGAUAUGGUCUCAAUUGUUUACCCUAUUGUUUAGUAGCAUGUAAAGUAGGUAUAAUAACAUCAAGUAUUGUCAUACUGGAUCAAUUACUAAGUAUGUGCUCAUAUGCUCCCGUGCUGGUGACUCAACGUAAAGAGAGGCAAAGAAGUCAUUAAACCAAUCCCCCUCACCGACCAUUUCACCUCCUGCCAACCAAAAGAUCUAAAGUCUGGAAACUGUUGAUGAUGGCAGUCAUCACAUGAUGAAACGUUAUACUAAAUAGGAUGGAGACCAGUGCAAAGUGGUGUCUUAAGUC